AUCUCCACUUGAAGCAAGAAGAAAUUUAUUUAAUUUUGACGACAAUGAAGACAUUGAAGACCGAACCGUUCACUGCCAUCGCGACAAUUUCAAGAAUAAACAAUUUGGAAGAUGAGACGUCUAAUAUGAGGAUGCUGCGAUUCAAGAAAUUAUGAUUACCGUCAUAGUUUUUAUUAUUAAUUUUUAAUUAUAAAUUAUUAUUAAACUUUAGUUAUAAAUACAAAGCAGAUAUGCUUUCAAAGUACAGAUUUUUAUUGCUGCUUGCUUGCGUAGGAUGUGUUUUGUUAUUCAUUACAUUCGUGGAGAGAAGUUUACAGUCACAGACAACGAAGGUAAACUUAAUGCAGCUUCAAACGGCAUAUGAGGUGACUGGUAAGUCAUCAGGAGCUUCUAGAAUCAUAAUCGAACCGUUGUGCAACGCUACUUUUCUGAUAUGGAUCGUCACAUCUUAUGCGGGUGAACCUUCGGCGAGAAGCGCUUUACGGCGAGCUUAUACGGAUGAAGAGUUGCAGGCUUUAGGGAUCCAAAGAGUAUUUCUACUCGGUACGUUAAAUGACGAUGCCGAAAGGAAGACACGCGUGCUGCAGAAUGCGUUACUGGAUGAGUCGCGACGAUUCAGUGACAUACUUCAGGGAGAUUUUUUGGACACUUAUAGAAACUUGACUCGUAAGCAUCUCAUGGGCCUUCACUGGGCGGCAAAUAAUUGCAAAGACGUUAAAUACAUUAUGAAGAUGGACGAUGAUAUUGUGGUAAAUAUAUAUGGCAUACUAGAGAAGUUACGCUCGGGUAUGAUAGAGGAGAAUUCUCUAACUGGCUAUAUUAUGAAGAAUAUGAUCCCCGUUCGAGAACCAGCUAACAAAUGGUACGCGAGCAAGGCGGAAUACGCGAACAGCGUUUAUCCCGACUUCGUCUCUGGCUGGCUGUACAUCACGCGUCCGCAGGUGGCAAGUCAACUAAUCGAUCACGCCGAGUCUUCCCGCGAAUACUUUUGGAUAGACGAUGUAUUUGUGACCGGCAUCCUGAGACACGCUUUAAACAUAAAAAUUCAAAACAUUAGUGAGCUGUACACAACGGACCACGGAUACUUGGAGUGUUGUAUAAAAGGGAGAGCGAAUCUGUUAAAAUGCGAACUCUUAGUCGGUCCUAACGGCGGCGAUGCUGAGUUGCAAGUGAGAUUCAAGGAAUUUGCAAAGUUUUGUAACGCAAAUUGUUCCGUUCGCAAGGAGAAUAAUCUCGUUGGUAAGACUUGCGUGCUGGCGUACAAAGAGCCGGAUCUGCAUAAAGGCGCCGUGCAGAUAAAUCCGAUCAGAAUUUUAUAAAAGAAUAACAGAUAG